AUGGCAAUUCUCUGUUUUUUACUUUCAAUUAUUUUAUUUAUUGGUUAUUUAGUAGAGCACACAAUAAAUAUAUUUAUUUUGAGUGGAGCAUCAUCAUCUUUACUUUUAGCUGUAUUAUAUGGUUUAAAUAUAUUAUUAAAUGUUCGUAGUCUGCAAAUUGGGAAAGUUAAUUUUGUGACAGAAAAAAAUUUAAAUCAACAAUCCCUCUCUCCAAGAAUAUCAACAACUUGGGCAGAAGCUCAAAGUCCACAACCGCCCUCAACUACUAUAUUACCUCCAAUGUCUAGCAAUAAUAAUGUAAUAUUUGAAAGAACUUCAAGAGAAGAAGAAAAUUGGAGAGAAAUUCCAAUUAAAAAAACAUAUCCGGUUUCUGAAGAACAAAUUAUUGAAGAAGAAGAUUGCCUUAGAGUAGAACAACGACAACGUACUCCAUCUGGCGAAAAUGUUGCUAUGAUUUUUGGAAGGAAUAAAAGUUAUAGACAAAAAGAGACGUGUGAAAAUGGAGAACAAUUAAAUAAUUAUGGAAGAGCUUCAACAACUACAAGUCCAAUUUAUACUGAAGAUAUUGAAGGAGAAGAAUAUUCUCGUCCGUAUAAAGGAUUAAAAAGAGAAAAUAAUUUUUUGGAAGGAAGACUUCCAAAAAAUUAUUUAACCGAGGAAAAUGAAAAUAAAAUCAAGCAACCCCCUAUUAGACGUAGGAGACGAUAUCAGACAUCCUCUUCCUCCAAAAAUUUUGAAGGAAGAGAAGAAAGUCCAUCAGCUUCAAUAACUAUUGAAAGAGGUGUUUUCCUAUUUAAAAUUUUUAGAUUUAUCGUCUCACUAACUAUUAAGUAG